CAAAAUAAAGCACCCAAAUAUAUUCGUCGCUUCAGAUCUCGCUCAUUACCAAUAAUCACUUAUCAGAAUCCUACCAAUCGUAGUCAUGUGUUCCAACACCAUAUUCCAAAUCUGAAAGUAAACACCACCACCACCACUGCAUCCUCAUCGGCUCAUCAUCACCACCAUCAUCAAAGUAAACCAAAGAAUUCUUCAAAUAUCUCAUUACCACCAAUAAAUUUGCAAAGUUUAAAAGAAAUUGACUUGCAUGAAAUCUUGAAGAAUCCUCAAUUAAGACACGAUAUCUUGUUUGACCCUCAAUUACAAUUCAGACCUAACUUAGACGGUGAACGUGGUAGAAGAAAGAAGACUAUCAUUGAUAAAUACUGGAAUGAAAUUGAAAAAGAAUGUAAACAAUUUUUCAUUCCAAAUAAUAAAUCCAUAAGAAUUAAUUCAUUACCAAUCUUAUUUACUACUUUGAGAGAUAUAUUAUUAUCGUUAUUACCGUAUAAAGAUCGCUCGGCAGUUAAUGAAAUUAUGGAUAUUGAUUUAUUGAUACAACAAUUAAAUCACGGAUCUUUUGAUUUUGUUAAUUUGGCCAAAUGGUUGGGAGAAGUCUUCAAAAGUCAUUGUGCCCCAAUGAGAGACCAAUGGGUUAGUGAUAUGAUACUAAAAUUUGUUAAUGCUUACGAAACAAAUUCGGUUGAAAAAUUGGUUCAAGGUUUAAGAAUGAUUUUUUCAAUUUUAGAAGCCAUGAAAUUAGAUGUUGCUAAUCAUCAAAUUAGAAUCUUAAGACCAGUUUUAACUGAAACUGCAGUUGAUUUUGAAAAAGAUUAUUUCAAUCAAUUAAUCAAUCAUUGUAAAAUUGAUAUUAAUGAUUCUCUCAAAUGGUUUGAUAAAAACGUUGAGAAAAAGAAAAAUUCGUCAAGUAUAAAUCAUUUUUUAAAUGACUCAAAUGAUUUAACUUCAAAUUCAAACUUAAAAAUUUUAAUUACUUCUUCAAUUAUUGAUUUAUUAUCCUGUCGUAAUAUGGCUACUGAAUUUCCUUCCACUUUAGCUUUUGAUCAUACCAGAUUGGUUUUAUUACGUGCUGAUGUACGUCAAUUAGUUUGUGUUCAAUUAUGUGUUGUAUUAUAUAAACAAUUAUUAUUAAAUUAUUCCCCUUCAUCAAAUUAUAGAAAUGAAUCUUUUAAACCUUCCAAUAUCAACAAAGUUCAAGAAGAAAUUUUGGCUAUAGUUACUGAUGAUAAUGGUAAUGUUAAAUGGACCAGAAAUGUUCAAGCCAUUUCUUUACAAUUAGUUAAAAAUGCUACUACUAAUCCCUUGACUAAUGAAUCAGUUAAAUUAUUACCAAAAUCAAUGAUUGAAUUUAGUUGUAAUUGGUUAAUAAAACAAAUUCAACCUUCUAGUGAAGUUUAUGGCUUAAUGGAGGAUAAAAUUUUUAAAGAAUUAUUAAAAGAUAUAAUCACCAAUUUAGAAUUUGAAAAUUCUUUAAUUAAUUCAAAUCCUGAUCAAUCAAAUGAUUCAAAUAAAGACUCCAAAAAAAUUAAUUCAGAAUCAAAUAAUAUCGCCCUUAGAAUUUCUACUCUUGUGAAAUUUCAUUGGAACGUCUUUGGCAAUUACUACACUGAUUAUCUAAAAAAU